GAGCUGACAGGAGUGACAGGUUUGUUGGUAAACGUAAACGGUUGGAUUGUGGAUUGGUUGGAUAUUUGCUCGAUUUUAGACACGGCCAUUGUGUUUGGGAGGUGAUUACGUAUUUACAAAAAUAUUUUAGGACUAGUAGUAAUAAAUUCAUGGUAAUAGUUUUAUGACAAUCUAAAAAAUGUCAUCGCCAAGUGCUGGGAAAAGACGUAUGGACACUGAUGUUAUUAAGCUUAUUGAAAGUAAACACGAAGUGACAAUUUUAGGUGGAUUAAAUGAAUUUUGUGUUAAAUUUUAUGGGCCCAGAGGAACUCCUUAUGAAGGAGGAGUUUGGAAGGUCCGUGUCCAUUUACCAGAGCAUUAUCCAUUCAAAUCACCUAGUAUAGGAUUUAUGAACCGUGUGUACCAUCCAAAUAUAGAUGAGGUUUCUGGUACUGUAUGUUUGGAUGUUAUUAAUCAAGCCUGGACAGCAUUAUAUGAUUUGUCAAAUAUAUUUGAAUCUUUUCUUCCACAAUUAUUAACUUAUCCAAAUCCAAUUGACCCUCUUAACGGAGAUGCAGCAGCCAUGUAUUUACAUAAACCUGAAGAAUAUAAGAAAAAAGUAUCUGAAUAUGUAAGAAAAUAUGCCACAGAGGAAGCAUUGCGGGGCCAAGAAAAUGUUAGUUCAGAUAGUGAAUCGAGUAUGUCAGAUUUUUCAGAAAACGAAGCAGAGGACAUGGAGUUAUAACGCAGGCUGUCUGCCAAUAAAAGCUCGCUCAAUCUGACUUCCUCCUACAUAGGUGAAAUUUUCCGUUUAGAAUUAUAUGUGAUGUGCUUAAAAUGUUAUUUAUAUAAUCAUAUUUGUUUUGCAUUUUCAUAGUUUAUUUUGUUGGCCAAUCUGUCCCAGGACUCAUUAACAUUAUGUUCAUUAGUUUAUACAAACAUUAUUCCUUUAGGGGAACACAUUAUACAAUCUAUGUACAGGGUGUUUAUUAACACAGGAUUGUUUUUCCAUAAAAGCUGUUUAUAGAUUUUUAAUGAUUAAUGCUCUCCUAUUGGUGAUUUUAACAUUUUGUAGAAGUUUUAAGUCAGAAAUCCAAAACUAUGAUAUUAAAAACAAAAAAAUGGCAUAAAGGAAAAUAUUUACCUAACUGUUAUGGUAAACUGUUUUAUUGGUGUUAGAACAAUUUUAAUGUUACAGUAGAUAUCUAACAAUACAGGGUCCGCCUGAUUUCAAUAUAUUUUUUUUAUAAUACACUAUAUUUACCUAAUUCUGUACAACGUUGAAUAACUAGACAAAAAAAUAUUGAGAUAAUACCCACAUAAAACUGUUCUAAUUUCCAAUAUAUUCAUUUGCUUGAAACAGCACUUAACUCGUAAAAAACAUUGUGAUAUAUAUAUCUUUAUUGCAAUUAUGAAUAAUGGACAUAUCUGGUGUCUAAGAGUAUAUAUACAAAAUUUUAAAUUCAGAAUUUAUUUAUUAUGGUGUCUUAUGACAGAUUGUUGGAACAUUACCUUUAAAAGAAUCAUAUCAUUUACAGAGUUUUUCUAUAAUACAAAAUAUUUGUACUUAUACUCCGGAUACAGAGGAUGCCACUAGUUUGUAUUUAUUAUAUACAUUUAUGACAGUUCAUUUUUCUUACUUUUAAUUUAUUGUAUUUUACCUUAUAUCUAUUAUAUUUUUUUAAUUUGUUGUAUUACAGGAUUACUAUGUGAUAUAUUUUAAAGAUCAUGUAAAAUUUCUAAUGUAAUUAAAAUUAUAAGACAAUUUGUCUGUCGUUUAUAGGUUGUACCGUAAUUUAAUUGCAGCUCCUGUAAAAAUUAAUAUAUUGAUGUCUAUAACAUAUAAUUUUGUUCAAAAUUAUAUACUUAAUAACAAAUCUGAACAUUUAAAUAAGAUAGAAAUUAACAAGAUAUAUUAAGAAAUAUCCUAAAACUGCUUCUAGAAAAUAAAAAAAAAUAAAAUAGAAUAUGUUCACGUAAAAUCCAAUAUUCUAGAUGAACAUCAACAAUGUAAAAUGAAGUGUUAACUAAAAGUAUUACGCAGCAUGUUUAACGAAGUGAAAAGCAGGAACGAUUCUACCAUAAAUAUUUACAUAUUUAAAUCCUUUAAAUUUUUUAAUGCAAUUACACAAUUCCGAUAAAAAGAGAUGUAUAACAAAUAUUGUAUGUUAUUAACAAUCAGUUUUUUAUGGAACCAUUAGUUUUAACUUUGGAAUUAAUGUUUUAUUUAAAUCAAGCAAAAGGGUUAAUUAAACAAAUAAAGAUGUCUUACAACAUGUUUUCUACUAAUUUUUUUAUAAUCUUUCUAUGCAAUUUUCAAAUGACAAUUAUCUAUUCAGAUAUUAAAAAGUUGUUAAACAGUCAAAGUAAAAUUAUGUUUAUAAUUUUAUUGCAUAUAUGUAUAACAUUCGCAGUAGUACACAUGUAAAUGUUGAAAUAUUUUUACAGUAUUCUAUUUUUUGGCUGUUUAACAAUUUGCCACAAGAAUUAGUGUAUUAUUUGCAGCAAAUGGAAAACGAGUGGCUACACUAUUUUACGAAUGGCUAAUGUAAAAUGUCACCAACAUCUCUUAACAACUUUAAUUUAUUUUGUCGUCAAAAGUGGAAUAUGCAAUAAUAUGUGCCUCGAAUUGCAAGUUGGGAAAGUUCCAUUUUAUUGUCUACAGAAUAUUUUUACAUAUGCUGGACUGGAUUUUAAAUUAAAUCUAUAGUUUCUUGACAUGAGUUUCAGGAAGACAGUUAAGUGAUGUCUAUUCAAAAUGGAACGUAUUUGAAGUUCAAAUUGUUUGCAGAUAACCUGUGUAUGUGUAAUUGAAAAAAACUGAUGAAUUACACUUAUCCAUCACAUGAAAUACUUAUGAUAACAUUAAACUAAAAAUUUCAGUUAUGUUAAUAACAUGAUUUUACCAAAGGAAAGAAGUGUUCAAAGGUCAUACCGAUUAUAUACGGCCCUGGAACUUUAAUAGUAAAUAAAGAAUAAACCAUCCGUUUGGCAACUAAGAACCGAUGUAUAAUCCUCAGAACCAUGUUAAAUAUAGUUACAUAUUUUAAACUUGUGUCAGCAGUUUCCAAAUACCUCUUUAAUGUUGAAAUAAAUAAAUAUUCUGUACUAGUUAACUGCCAACGUUAAUGACUUUACCUGAACAGAUUGCUUUUAGGGUAGGUUUUAGUUUUAUAUUAGAAAUGCCUUACCGAGCGAGUUAAAAUAUUUAUUUCUAGUUUAGUUAUUGGUAGUGCAAUAGAAAUGAUUAUUCAUGAUAAGAAUUUUGUUUAUUAACAAAUAGUUUAAUUCAGUUUUGAAGAGUAACAUUUGUGGUCUCAUUAAUAUAUUAAUGUAUAUAAUAUUUAUAAUUUUACACCGUUAAAAACUUUCCUUCGGUAAGCCCAAUAACUAACGUGUAUUUUUAUAGAAUAUUUGUGUGUACUAAGUAUAAUUUUUCAUAUUUUGAUGUUGUAAAGUAGAUAUAAGGAUAUUUCUCAUUUUUUGGAAAGUUUGUAACGUGUCUUACUAGUAACCUAAGUUAUGUUAUGGUUUAGCCAUUACAGCACAAUAAGUUUUUAGCUGUUGUGACAAAUGACUAAGUAAAAAUUAAUAUUGUUCAUACACCAUUUCAAAUACAUCACAGUUUCUAUUUUUAAUGAAUAUUGAACUUUUAAAUGUAGAUCAUUUUGGUAGCAUUUAACAAUAAUAAAGAACUACAUUUAUUAA